UUUGCCCUCGUUCUAAAAUAUUUACAUCCCGCAUGGUAGAAUUAGGAUUCGAUAUCAUUCUCUCUCACCUACCAAUAUUCUCUGCAACAGCCGUUACAGUGUUUUGCUGUUAGGCUUUUCUGAUCUCUUCUCUUCUUUGGUAACACAAGGAAAUGUACUCUCCUUUCCUCUUUGCUUCAUCAGUCAUCAUUUUCCUCUGUACACUAAUAACCACAUUCCCGGUUUCUCACAUCGUCGGCUUGGAAUCCCCUUUCGCUGAAAGAUGCGGCAGCUUUCGGGUCCCUUUCCCCUUUUCCUCCUCCACCGGCCCGCUCUCUCGCAUCUUCAACGUGUCGUGUCUCAACUCCAGCACCCCCUUCCUCCAAAUUGGCCCCAGAAGCUAUCGCAUUCUCGACUUCUUCCCGGAUGGCGUGCUGGUCACCUUUCCUGGCCCUGCCACAAACGCUUGUCGCCAGUACAACGACUUGAACUCCUUUGGGUUUGCCGGCAAUGAGUACUUUGGCAUAUCACAAGACAACAUCAUCGGACUCUACGACUGUGAGGAUUCGUCUUUGUGCAAGGCGAGCUGCGAGACAGUUGAUUUGCCGAGCUGCAGCAAUGCCACUGCUCCACCUGCUUGCUGUUACCCUCUGUCAGACCACAGCAUGUGGCAUACUGGGGACGGGUUUUCGGCAUUCUCCAAGUACGGCUGCAGAGGGUUCUCGUCCUGGGUGGUCCAACGGGGCUCCACCACUGGGACGCAAGGGGUUAAGUUGGAAUGGGCAAUCCCGAGAAAUUCAUCCAACUCCACCUGCGCAGGCAAUGCAGACACUGUCAAUGCGACGAGCAUCAGGGAAGGGCUAAGGUGUUCCUGCAAGGAUGGGUUCAUCGGUGAUGGGUUCGCUUCCGGAGCUGGAUGCUUAAAAUCAUGCGUCAGAGACGGCCAAGCAGCAUCUGGGAAGGUCUGCUACACCAAGGCACGUGUGGAAAGGAAAUUUCGGGUCAUUGCUGGAAUUGUUGCCCCAGCUGUUGUCGUUAUCUCGAUGUUAGCACUGUUUUGCCUCCUGAGAAAGCCGGGAAAAUCAGGGUCCCAGUUCUGUAGGGUCGUCUCGUUUCAGAAAGGCAGCAGGACUCGGAUGUUCACCUACCAGGAGCUACAAGAAGCCACUGGAGGCGGAUUUCAAUAUGGCCAGGAACUUGCACAAUGCAGGAGAGGAACGAUUUACCACGGGAUCCUGGGGGAUGGAUCACAAGUGCUAGUGCACAAGAUACAAUGUCAAACUAACGAAGAGCUUGUUCCGGUCUUAGACCGAAUCAAGGCUCUUUCUGCAAUUGUACAUAUGCAUAUGGCCCGAAUAGUCGGGUGCUAUAUUGAACCUGACCACCCUCCACUUAUCGUCUAUGAGUAUCCCACUAAUGGCCUCCUCAAUGAAUAUCUACGCCGAGGAGACCCAGAUAGGAUCCGUCUCGACUGGUGCACAAGGAUGAGCAUUGCUGCUGAAACGGUGAAAACUCUUGCCUUCCUCCAAUGUGAAAUUUCCCCACCCAUUUUUCACCGCGAACUCCGGAGUAGCUAUAUACUACUUGAUGAGGAUUUCACUGUUAAGAUUUUCGGGUUCGAGCUGCUGACCUCAGGUCUUCCAGAAACUGAUCAAAGAAGCGACGUCUACAACCUGGGGUUACUGCUGCUGGAGAUAAUUUCUGGGUCCACGGAACAGGGCCCCCCUAACUUGUCGAUCGCUCUGCAGAAAAUAAGGAAUGGCAUGCUCGAAGAGAUAGUGGACCCAAUUCUUGAGUACCAUGAGCAACCACCGUCUUGUCGGGAGCAGAUAGAGACGGUUGCAGACAUUGCCACGAGGUGCCUGCUAUUUGGAGGAGAAGGCAGACUGAGCAUGGCGGAUGUAACGAAGGAGCUGGUGCAAGUGGCCAAGGAUAACCACCGGAGGGGGCCUGCACUCGAGGAAACCUUCUCCAACUCGAGCCUCCUCCAGAUGAUCUCUAUGUCUCCCGAUUCUGUUUACGCGCCGCGCCCUGAAUCUCAUUACUAGCCCGUUUGCUGCGCCGGGAUGAAACUAACUGAAUUUUCAUUGAUAUUGUGGUUUGAAUAUUUUUCCCUUCCAUUCUCUAUCCGUACUAUCACAUCGGACGAGCCUAUAAUUUCUG